CCUCGGUUUAAUAGGCGUGUGGUGAUAUGUCCCUCUCGCCAAGAUCUUCUCUGUCGCUUGCUUGAUUUCUAGUUUACUCUUUAGGUCACCCACUCUUUGCUUCACGAUUUCUCCGAUCUACCUCUUUCUCUCUCUACAAAAUAGGGAUUUAGUGUUUGUCUCACGUCUCCAUGGGGUUCGCGAGCAGCACUUCAAAUCAGUGCGCCAUUCUCAUAUUGCUAUUUUCAGUAAUAUUAUUAAUAUCAGCUCUUAGAUCAGCUGAUGCCUCAAUUCACAUCUAUGAUCGAGAUUCAGUCAGAGAAGUCGGCACUGCUUAUUUGCUCUCCGGCGGCAGUGAAGGCGUCGCCGCUUCGAGUGAUAGUCGCUCUUACAUUCGAUUUGAGAACAUCACAUUUUGGAGGAGUAAAGAAGCUGCUGAUCAGCACCCAAAUAUGGCAUACAGGAGUGGGUUGGUUCAAGUUAUAAUAUUUGAGGCUGCUGAUCGUGAUAAUAUUGGCGGAUCUGCUUAUGGUGGACAGAGGUCUAUUUGUUGCACCUCUGAUCUUGCCAAGCUGGAAGGUUGCAAAGAAGGAGAAGUUAUCAGAACAUCUUCACCAGCUGAUAAUAACUGGCCUGUUGUUGUGAAUGUUCAUUUUAGAGGAACCAUGUUAUCCACCCAUAUGAAAAAGAAUAAGGAAAUUAACAUAAAAAGGACUGGUAUGUACAACUUAUUCUUUAUAACAUGUGAUCCGAAACUAAAGGGAAUGAGGGUGACAGGGAGGACAGUGUGGAAAAAUCCUGAUGGCUAUUUACCUGGGAGAAUGGCCCCCCUGAUGAAAUUUUAUGUCUUUAUGUCCAUCGGGUAUGCUAUCCUCAGUCUCAUCUGGUUCUUUCAGUAUGGGAGACAUUGGAACGAUGUUUUACUACUACAGCACUGCAUUACUUCCGUAAUUGCUCUUGGGUUGUUGGAGAUGACCUUCUGGUACAUAGACUACGCAUACUUUAACAACACGGGAACAAGGCCAGUAGGAAUCACCACUUGGGUUGUGACAAUUGGAGCUAUAAGAAAAACUGUUUCGCGCCUUCUUAUUCUUUCUGUGGCAAUGGGCUAUGGUGUUGUCCGUCCAACCCUUGGUGGUCUGACAACAAAGGUGCUGCUCCUCGGAAUAACUUAUUUCCUAGCAUCAGAACUGCUCAACAUCACCGAGUAUGUGGGAAUUAUAAAUGACAUAGCAGGGCGAGCCAGAGUUUUUCUGGUCCUUCCUGUUGCAUUUUUGGAUGCCUUUUUGAUCUUGUGGAUUUUCACUUCUCUUUCAAAGACGCUAGAGCAACUACAGGCUAAAAGGAGUUCUAUUAAAUUGGAUAUUUACAGAAAAUUUUCAAAUGCACUAGCAGUUACAGUUAUAGCAUCAGUUGUGUGGAUAGGAUACGAGGUUUACUUUAAAGCAACAGAUCCAUUCAAUGAGAGGUGGCAGAGUGCCUGGAUUAUCACUGCUUUCUGGGACAUUCUUGCAUUUGCCUUGCUGUGUGUUAUCUGCUAUCUCUGGGCUCCAUCACAAAGCUCCCAGCGUUAUGCAUAUUCGGAUGGCAAGGGAGACGAGAUGGACAAUGAAGAAGAAGAAUCCUUGUGUAGAGAAACUCCAAAAGGUAUCAGUUUAGUGAAGCAAGACAGGAAGGAUGACAGCGAGACAUCUGAUUCAGAAGAAGAAACAGAAGAGGGUAAAAGAGAGUGACACUCCAAUUAUAUUUGCAAAUCAUCUCAUGCCAAAACAUUGGCAACAAGAAAAGGAUAAACAGAAUGAAUUUUUGAAAUUGUAUAGGUAAACGGUGAAAGCUACUGGUUCCAAGUUGCACUUUAACCAGAGAACAUUAACUCUUUGCUGAACUUUGUAUGAUACCUCCUCUGAGGUCUGUGAAUGUUAUUGUAACUAUAUCAUUUCUUGGUUACUGGAUUCUGAUAUAUCUUGAUAAUUGCUAUUGAAUGAA